UCUAAAUGCCUUUUGAAUGCUUAAAUGACAGCUAACAAAUGUUGUCAACUAAAAUAUCAAAUCUAUUAUUUGUGAGAAUCGGUCACAGAUCGCUCCUUAAACGGUGGAAUUCACAAUAUGAUAGUACCAGAAAAAACCUUAUUUUAACAAAGGAGACUAAGGUAAUAUGCCAGGGAUUCACAGGACAAGCAGGGACGCUACACAGUAAACUUUGCAUCGAGUAUGGCACGAAAAUGGUGGGCGGUAUAAACCCUAAAAAAGGUGGUACGAAACACUUGGAUCUGCCAGUUUUUGCUAGUGUGAAAGAGGCUAAAGCUGCUGUUAAUCCUCAUGCUUCUGUUAUCUUUGUACCCGCUCCUGGGGGCGCCAAGGCAAUUUUUGAGGCCAUUGAAGCAGAAAUUCCAUUGAUAAUAUGUAUCACCGAAGGCAUACCAAUCCAUGACAUGGUGAAAGUGAAAGAUGCGCUAUUAAAGCAAAGUAAGAGCAGGAUGGUUGGACCGAACUGUCCUGGCAUUAUAGCUUCUGGCAAGUGCAAGAUUGGUAUUAUGCCCAAUCAGAUACAUAAGCAAGGUAUGGUAGGAGUAGUAUCGCGAUCUGGUACUCUAACUUAUGAAGCUGUUAACCAGACUACAUUAGCUGGCCUAGGUCAGACCCUAUGUGUUGGAAUAGGAGGUGACCCGUUCAAUGGAACUACAUUCAUUGACUGUCUAGAUAUUUUUUUGAAGGAUAAGGAUACAAAAGGAAUCAUUUUAAUAGGAGAGAUAGGGGGACAGGCAGAAGAGCAGGCAGCAGAGUAUCUCAUGGAACACAACGUAGGGGCAGCGACUAAGCCGGUGGUGUCGUAUAUAGCAGGAAUCUCAGCUCCACCAGGAAGAAGAAUGGGUCAUGCUGGGGCUAUAAUCUCAGGAAGUAAAGGCAGGGCUGAGGACAAACAAGAGGCCCUUCAGAAAGCAGGGGUGCACAUUGCCAAAUUUCCUACGGAGAUGGGGCCUACGCUGGCUGGGGUUAUGAAAAGGAUGAAAAUAGUGUGAUACUCGUGCAUUAUGAUACAAAAAUAAAGAUUUGCUUUGUAAAGUUGGUAGUUAUAUUUAUCAAGACUAG